AUGGCCACCCCAAUCGCCUUCAACCCGGCUCAAAACAGUGACAUUCAUAUGGCCUCUGGUUCGUUCACUGGCCAGAACGGCUCGUUCAACUCUGCGUCGUACACCCGCCGUUUCUUUGGCUCACCAGCAUCAUGGCGGAUGGGCUCGUUUGGAAGUCACCUUUUCGCAGGAGCGUCACCAGGACAGCUUUUGGGCCCCUUAGACCCCCAUGACUUUAGGUUCCCCAAGAUGUCCUCAUCAAUAGAGAGUGACCGCGGGUCCAUCGCAAACGCCUUGAGUGUGUUCGAGCGUCAAGAUGAUAUGUGCCGUGACUACACCUGCUGUGGGCUGCAACUCAGCGACCUGCAUGCGCUUGUUGACCACUUCGAGGAAUGCCAUGUCGUCGUCGUGGACCCUUACGCACCACAGUCGUCUAUGCAAAGCGCGCAGCCAGCGCUCGCGGGACAACCACAGGACUUCUUCGCUCAUGCUAAUGGUGCUCAGGUAGCGCCCAGUUACUCGCAAGGUCACUUUGACAUGGACGACAUGGACCUUGACACGGAGCAUAUGAGCGCUCCGUCAUCGGGGGCAUCCUCUCCACCUGACACGCCUGUGUCUACUCCGCUCUCGUCCUACCCCAACGUCUAUCCUGGCUCCCACCCUUCAUCUACUUGUUCAUCACCCCAUCCGGCGCCCAUCUCCGCUUUCGACACCACGACAGUCCUUCCCUCGCGUUCAGGGCACUCGCCCCUCUCUGUGGGAUUCCCGCCUGCGACUCGCCCAAACAUGAACGGCCGAGCGGAGGAAGCGUUCAACGCAUAUGCCGGCUAUUCCGAUUAUUCCUCGCUUCUUCCUGGCACUGUUCCCUCGCCUACCGCUGCUUCCGCACCGGGAGCCGAUGGCUCGGCAAUUGCCGAUCCGAACAAUCAGUACGCUUCGCGCUCGACAUGCGCCCCUGCGGCUUUGUUGCUCAGCAACAGCGCGAGCAACACGCCAAAUAGCACUCCCGCAUCAUCACGCGUCGCGUCGCCUGCGCCGGCCUCGUCGGUUUUCCGCACGGUUGCUGCCGCGCCCUCGACAUCAGCCGCGGGAAUGAGCGCGAACGGGCAGACUCCCCGCGCGAGUACGACGCUGUCGCGCCCCGCUUCGUCGCUUUUGUUGUCCAAGCCGUUCAAAUGCCCGAAGCCGAACUGCAACAAGUCGUACAAGCAGGCGAAUGGGCUCAAGUACCACAUGACGCACGGCUCGUGCAACUUUGCGCCGCCGAAGGACCUCGAGCAUAUUCAAGCCCUGCUCGAGUCGAAGCGCAGCCAGAAGGACAACGGCGAGCCGAUCAGCGAAUCAGAGCUGCGCGAGGUCGAGCGCGAGGCCGAGCGGAGAUUAAGGCCGUACGCGUGCGGUGUCGGCGACUGCCAGAGGCGGUACAAGAAUAUGAACGGUCUGAGGUACCACUACCAGCACUCCGGUGAGCAUGGUGCGAUCGGACUGGCUCUGCUCGCGAGUGGCCAGCACGAGUGCCUGCAGCACUCCAAGUCAAGACACAACACGCCCUCGACCGCGUCAAACUCUGCUGCAGCCUCGACUGUCACGUCGCGCACAUCGUCCCCCCUUGCCACGCCGACCGCACCCCGCGCACAGGUGUCCACGAGCAGUUACGCCGCUGCGUUACCGUCGUACCAGCACGCAUCGAUGCACCCCCCUACGUACUCACAUCAGCCGCAGUACGGAAUCGUCGUGCACAACACAUCGUCCGUGCAGAUGCCGUCAUAUACGAUGGCGUCUAUGACGUGA